AUGGCCAAGAUUUCACGUGCCCUACAGGGCCGAGAGAAUAGUGAUCCCUCCACCAAUCAGAAGCUCCGAAAGAAGACGACAAGCCAAAAAGCAGUCCUGAUUGAUAUCGCAGCAAUUGGGACAGUUUCCUUCCAGCGGCACCUGAAAAAGGACAUAGAGGUCUUCAUCACCAGUCUGUCUGAAAUAGAUCGCAUUACUGAGGAGAAACGAGUCGAGGAACACCAAGAGGAAGAUCGUCAGGAACAGGAGCUGGUGGAACAGUUGCUACCUGAGUAA